GCGAAGGGCGGCGGCGGCGGCGGCGGCGGCAGCGGCUCGUGCUCGGCCCGUGAUCUGCCGGGGCUCCCGAGAGCGUUCGGCCCCCCCGCUUUCCGCCCGUCGCAGCGCGCCCCCGUACCCGCGCUCGGCUCCGCGGAGGACGGCCAUGCCGCCGCGGCGCAGCAUCGUGGAGGUGAAGGUGCUGGACGUGCAGAAGCGGCGGGUGCCCAACAAGCAUUAUGUCUAUAUCAUCCGGGUUACCUGGUCCAGCGGCUCCACGGAGGCCAUUUACCGGCGUUACAGCAAGUUCUUCGACCUCCAGAUGCAGAUGUUGGACAAAUUUCCCAUGGAAGGAGGACAGAAGGAUCCCAAACAGCGGAUCAUUCCCUUUCUACCAGGCAAAAUUCUCUUCCGACGGAGCCAUAUCCGGGACGUGGCCGUCAAACGCCUCAUACCGAUUGAUGAGUACUGUAAGGCCCUGAUCCAGCUGCCCCCCUACAUCUCUCAGUGUGAUGAGGUGCUGCAGUUCUUUGAGACAAGACCCGAGGACCUGAAUCCGCCCAAAGAGGAGCAUGUUGGGAAAAAGAAAUCUGGGGGUGACCUGACCUCGGUGGACCCCAUGGUCCUGGAGCAGUAUGUGGUAGUGGCUGACUACCAGAAGCAGGAGAGCUCAGAGAUCAGCCUCAGCGUGGGGCAGGUGGUGGACAUCAUCGAGAAGAACGAGUCAGGUUGGUGGUUUGUCAGCACUGCCGAAGAGCAAGGCUGGGUCCCCGCAACCUGCCUGGAGGGGCAGGACGGUGUGCAGGAUGAGUUUUCCCUACAGCCCGAAGAAGAGGAGAAGUACACAGUUAUCUACCCAUACACAGCUCGUGACCAGGAUGAAAUGAAUCUAGAGAGAGGGGCCGUGGUGGAAGUCAUUCAGAAAAACCUGGAAGGCUGGUGGAAGAUCAGGUACCAGGGCAAAGAGGGUUGGGCCCCAGCCUCCUACCUGAAGAAGAACAGUGGGGAGCCCUUACCCCCAAAGCUGGGCCUUGGUUCAUCCACCCACACCGGCGUUCUGGACCUGGAUGGCGUUUCCCGGCAGCAGAGUUCAAUGGGCCGGGACAGGGAGCUGCUCAACAACCAACGGGACGGCCGGCUUGAAGGCCGCCCAGUGCCUGAUGGCGACAUCAAACAGAGAUCACCUAAGAUGAGGCAGAGACCGCCUCCGCGCCGGGAUAUGACCAUACCUCGUGGUCUCAACCUGCCCAAGCCUCCCAUUCCACCCCAAGUGGAGGAAGAGUAUUACACCAUUGCCGAAUUCCAGACGACCAUCCCUGAUGGCAUCAGCUUCCAGGCAGGUCUGAAGGUUGAGGUGAUCGAGAAGAACUUGAGUGGCUGGUGGUACAUUCAGAUUGAAGAUAAGGAAGGAUGGGCCCCGGCAACCUUCAUUGACAAGUAUAAGAAGACCAGCAAUGCCUCAAGACCCAACUUUCUGGCUCCCUUGCCCAAUGAGCUGACCCAGCUCCAUCCAGGGGAUGCAGCAGCUUUGGAGAACAACACGGGCACUGAGGCCAUCGGUCCCUCCCGGCCCUUGCCUGAUGCACCGCACGCCGCUGUGGACUCUGGGAUGCCAUGGUCCAAAGACUGGAAGGGCGGCAAGGAGGCCCUGAGGAAGGCGUCUUCCGACAUGUCCUCAUGCGCCGGCUAUGAAGAGAUCUCAAGCCCCGACCUGGAGGAGAAGCCCAGCCUCCCUCCCCGGAAAGAAUCCAUCAUCAAGUCAGAAGGGGAGCUGCAGGAGAGGGAGCGGCAGAGAAUGGAGCAGCUCAGGGGCUCCUCACCCAAACCUCCGGGCAUGAUUUUGCCAAUGAUUCCAGCCAAACACACGCCCCCGGCCCGGGACAGUAGGAGACCAGAGCCCAAACCUGACAAAAGCAAGUUGUUCCAGCUGAAAAAUGAGAUGGGGCUAGAGUGUGGCCACAAGGUCUUGGCCAAGGAGGUGAAGAAGCCCAACCUCCGACCCAUCUCCAAGUCCAAAGCUGACCCACCGGAGGAGAAGCCGGAAGUUAUUCCCCAGAAUCCCUUCUUGAAGUCCAAACCUCAGGUUAGGCCCAAGCCAGCUCCUUCCCCGAGGACAGAGCCACUUCAGGGCGAAGACCAAGUGGAUAUCUGCAACCUGAGGAGCAAGCUGAGGCCUGCCAAGUCCCAAGAGAAGCCCUCACUGGAUGGAGAGAGCAGCCCCCAGGCUGCCGGUGGCCAAGAAGUGGCCUUCAGCCGGAGUUUCCUCCCAGGUGAUGGGCCUGGCCACGCCCAGGACCGGACGGGCAGACAAGAUGGGCUCAGCCCAAAGGAGAUGUCCUGCAGAGCCCCUCCAAGGCCAGCCAAGACCACAGAUCCGGUGCCAAAGAGUGCGCCCACCCCUGUCCAAGAGGCUCCCCCGCAGAGACCUGUGGUCCUGCCCCGGAGACCACCACCCCCUAAGAAAACCUCUUCAGCCUCCAGGCCCCUCCCAGAGGUCAGAGGGCCACAACGGGAAGCCAGCGAAGGCAAGGCAGCUCCUGCCCCAGGCCGGGCCCUGCUGGUUCCUCCUAAAGCCAAACCUUUUCUUUCUAACUCCUCAGGCAGCCAAGAUGACAUGCGAGGCAGAGGUGGUCUGGGACCACGGAUGAUAGGCAAGAUCGGAGAAAACAGAGAGAAACUAGCUGCAACCCCUUUUCCCAACGCUGAUGGCCCGAAGGACUCUUUAUAUGUUGCGGUGGCCAACUUUGAAGGAGACGGAGAUACCAGCAGCUUCCAGGAGGGGACGGUGUUCGAGGUCCGGGAAAAGAACAGCAGUGGCUGGUGGUUCUGCCAAGUCCUGAGCGGGGCCCCUUCCUGGGAAGGAUGGAUUCCUUCCAACUAUCUCAAAAAGAAGCCAUAGCCACUUCCUUCCCUGCCUGGCAGUCCCGUGCAUCUCUGCUGGCUUUACCCAUGUAUUUAAUUUAUCACCCUUCGUGCAGCUUCAAAGGAAGGAAGGACUCUGGAGCACUGUGGUUUCUUCCUCCCUUGGGUGGAGAGCAGUCCGCCUCACUGCAGCAUGGCCUGGAGGCUCAGAGGCCACACCCCCUGCUUCCUCUCCAAGUCAGCAUCCCUGCCUUAAGGCCAGUGGCAUCGCCACCCUCUGUAGGCCACCUAGCAGCAGGACCGUGACUCUCCAAGGCCUCCAAGACCAGAACCCAUUGUCAGGAAGCUGCAGAAACAGUCUCGUUGCUGGUUCCCCACCCAGUAUGUGAUGGUUGGCUCCAACUUCUCCAUGUUUCUAAAAGUCCAGGGACUUUAUUUACUCCAUUUCCAAAAUGGUGGGUACCAGAAAGAAUUCCUGCCCUGGAAGUUGGCUCCAUUGCCAGUCCCAGAGAGAUGUCCUCCUCUGGACCCUGAGAGGCUCUGGACCUGUGAGCCUCUCAAGUUCACCAGAUGCAGCUCUGCCCCAGGAGUGGGCCUGAAGGUCCACUGAGACAUUCCGCCUCUUAUUUUCUGGGAUCCUGACAGAUCCCAAAGGGGUGCUUCCAGCCCCAGCAUGCUUCACCAUCCUGCACAGGGCUUUUUAAAUAGAAAUCUCCACCCCACCUUGGGCCAUUUCACAUUUGUCUCCAUAGAGCAAGAAUCUCAAAGUUGCUUUGAAAGGAGCGGUUCACAAUCCACGCCCCUUGGGAGCACCCUUUCACUAGGUAGCUAGUAGGUGCCAGACUCUGUCCUUGGUACUUGACAUUACAUCCUCACAUCAGUCCUCUCUUGGGAUAUUGCACCUGUGAUGGACAGAGAACCUCGGACUCUGUGCCCAAGGGUACACUAGUUCAGAAGAAGAGGAAAGAGGACUUGAAGCUGGCCUGACUUCCAUGCCCGUGCCCUUCCCCCAGUAGCAGGCUAACCGGGCAGGGAAAGGGAAGACGCUAAGUUCCAAGAGCAGGUGGCCAAAUGGCUUGCUUGUGGUGUAGGUGAGGGGGCAUUAGUCUCUGCUCCCACACCCACCACCCCUCCGACCCACUGCAGCUCACACCGAAGCCUGCCCCGCACCCUCCACAGCUUCUCCUCCAUGGUGGAUGGUGGGGAGAGGGGGAGUUUGCCCAGAGCUCUGGCGGUUGCCAUAAGACCUUGUUUCCUGCUGCUGUGCAGGUGCCCCCUCUGGAGGAUAAAACUUGUGGAGCUGAGGUGAUCUCCCAUGCCAGCCUCCAGGGGCCCUGAUGGCUCAAAGACUUGCUGCUUCCUGCUCUCUGGCAUUCAUAGAGUACUCUUCUCUGUUUCCUUUUUGUGCAUGCUCUCUCCCUGUCUGUCCUCUUGCUUCCAUUUGGACAGACACGGUUCACUGAGGCACAUAGAGGCACAGCGACAUUGCAGAAUUAGAAUCAGGACCCAGGGUUUCCGGCUCCCAGCCCAAAGUUCUUGCCCAUGGACCAGGCUGCCUGGCGGGAGAGAGGGCAGAACGCUUCCUCAUCCCACCCUGCCCUGCAGAAGAGGACCCAGCUCGGGACCCAGAUCUCCGAUUCAAUGUCCAUCUGCUAUGAUGCUUUGGGGACUGCAGGGCCAGCUUUUCCAUGGACACCCACUGUCCACCUGCAGUGCCAAAGAUUUCAGUACACACAGCCCUCUUCUGCUCUUCCUACCCCCCACGGCCACACGGACUCUGGAGGCUUCUACAGGAGAAAGAGCGUUCUCUGAUUGACGGGAGCAUCUUUAUUCCUUCCUUCAGUCGAUCUGUGAACCCCACCCUGAGAACCUGGGGGCCAGGGCCCUGAGGUGCCUCUAGCAGUGCCCACUUGCCCCUUGGCCCUGUGCCCAGAACCGUGGGGGAGUAUGGCAGUUGGGGGAAGAAGGGAGGCUGGGAGGUCUUCGAGGUCCCCGCAUUUGGAAGGAGCCCAUAGCAUGUUUUCCAGAGUUUUUUGACCCACUUUGGCUUAAACAGCUUUUAUGAAACUGUUACGCAGAAUUUGACUUCUGCGUCAAAUUCAAAAGACAGAACUCAGCCUUUUUUUCCCCCUCCAAUUCACUCUCUGCUUUCUGUGACCUUUUCAAGUAUUUUGUGAGCACCUACCACGUGCUCAGCGCCGGGCAGACCAGGACCCGUGUGGCUCCCUGCCUGGCUCUGCGAGCUGAGGUUUUUGUUUGCUGCUUCCACACAAAGAGUAUGUCUUUGGCCUCAUUCCCUCCUCCUGAAGGUCAGCUGAGUGGGAAUAGACUAGUU